AAAAUGGGGGAAAAAUCCAUUCCAAAGGAGGCAGCAUACCAGAUCAUAAAUGACGAACUCAUGCUGGAUGGAAAUCCGCGGUUGAAUCUUGCGUCUUUCGUGACCACAUGGAUGGAACCGGAGUGUGACAAACUCAUAAUGGCCGCUGUCAACAAGAACUACGUUGACAUGGAUGAGUAUCCUGUCACUACUGAACUUCAGAAUCGAUGUGUGAACAUGAUAGCAGCCCUUUUCCACGCACCACUCGGGGAAGGAGAGGCAGCUGUAGGAGUCGGGACAGUAGGUUCAUCCGAGGCCAUAAUGCUUGCGGGAUUAGCUUUCAAAAGGCGAUGGCAAAAUCGAAUGAAAACCCAAGGAAAGCCUUAUGACAAGCCCAAUAUUGUAACCGGUGCAAAUGUUCAGGUAUGUUGGGAGAAAUUCGCAAGGUACUUUGAAGUCGAGUUGAAAGAAGUGCACUUACGUGAAGGAUAUUAUGUCAUGGAUCCUGAAAAGGCUGUCGAAAUGGUGGAUGAAAACACAAUUUGCGUAGCUGCAAUCUUAGGUUCUACGCUAAAUGGUGAAUUCGAAGAUGUUAAGCAAUUAAACGAUCUCUUGGUAGAGAAGAACACCCAAACAGGAUGGGAGACACCAAUUCACGUGGAUGCAGCGAGCGGAGGAUUCAUCGCGCCAUUUAUCUACCCUGAACUGCAAUGGGAUUUUCGGCUUCCAUUGGUGAAGAGUAUUAAUGUAAGUGGGCACAAAUAUGGGCUAGUGUAUGCUGGAAUUGGAUGGUGUAUAUGGAGGAGCAAGGAAGACUUGCCUGAAGAGCUUAUCUUCCAUAUCAACUAUCUUGGGGCUGAUCAGCCCACUUUUACCCUCAACUUCUCAAAAGGAUCAAGUCAAGUGAUCGCUCAGUAUUACCAACUUAUCAGGCUUGGUUUCGAGGGCUACAAAAACAUCAUGGAAAAUUGUCAAGAAACUGCCCAAGUUCUCAAAGAAGGACUAGAAAAGAUUGGCUCCUUCAACAUAGUCUCUAAGGACAUCGGAGUACCACUAGUAGCAUUCUCCCUCAAGAACAACCAUCAACACAAUGAAUUCGAGGUUUCGGAUAUGCUUAGAAGGUACGGAUGGAUUGUACCUGCCUACACAAUGCCACCUGACGCUCAACAUGUGACAGUGUUACGCGUCGUGGUUCGAGAGGAUUUUUCUCGAACCCUAGCCGAGAGGCUCGUUAAGGACAUGCAGAAAGUCUUGCACGAACUUGACACACUCCCUGCAAGGAUCAGCGCCAAGCUUGAAAUUGACUCUCAUAAGAGCGAAAACGGUGAAAGAAUGAAGAAAUCUGAUUUGGAGGUUCAACGUGAGAUAACCACUGUCUGGAAAAGGUUUGUCAUGGAAAAAAGAAAGAAGACUAAUGGAGUUUGUUAGAAGUAAUUAUUCUUCUUUGCUC